AACACUUGCCACUUUUUACCCAACAAAAUUUCAAUUUUCGAGUGUUAAGUAGAAACUGAGAGAGAGAGAGAGAGAGAGAGAGAAUAAUUGACACCCAAAGCAAAACCCUUUUGAAGUUCAGUUCAACUUCCCUGAAGGGAAAAGAAAAAGAAAAAUGAAGGUUUGGAGAUGGUCAGUGACAGUGAGUUUGUUUGUGGGGUUUGUGUUGUUGCCGUUGUCAAUGGCGAGAUUCGUGGUGGAGAAGAACAGCUUGUCGGUGACGUCGCCGGAGAAAAUCAAAGGCAGACACGAUAGUGCUAUUGGCAACUUCGGGAUACCUCAAUACGGAGGUAGCAUGGCCGGGAACGUGGUGUACCCCAAAGAUAACAAGAAGGGUUGUAAAGAGUUCCAUGACUCUGGGAUUUCCUUCAAAUCACGCCCUGGUGCUCUUCCCACCAUCGUUUUGCUCGAUCGCGGAAAUUGCUUCUUUGCUUUGAAGGUCUGGAAUGCCCAGAAGGCCGGGGCUUCUGCGGUUCUUGUUGCAGAUGAUAUUGAGGAACCCUUAAUAACUAUGGACACUCCUGAAGAGGAUGGAUCAUCUGCAAAAUACAUAGAGAACAUAACAAUACCAUCUGCUCUUGUUGGAAAAAGUUUUGGUGAAAAAUUGAAGGAUGCCAUAAGUGGCGGGGACAUGGUCAAUGUAAAUCUUGAUUGGAGAGAGGCUGUCCCGCACCCAGAUGCUCGCGUGGAGUACGAGUUGUGGACCAAUAGCAAUGAUGAGUGUGGAGUUAAAUGUGAUAUGUUGAUGGAAUUUGUGAAGGAUUUCAAGGGUGCAGCACAGAUUCUUGAGAAAGGUGGUUACUCUCAGUUUACACCCCAUUAUAUAACUUGGUACUGUCCUCACGCAUUCACAUUAAGCAAACAAUGCAAGUCCCAAUGCAUAAAUCAUGGAAGAUAUUGUGCUCCGGAUCCUGAGCAGGACUUCAGCACGGGUUAUGAUGGGAAAGAUGUGGUUAUUGAAAAUUUAAGGCAGCUAUGUGUUUUCAAGGUGGCUAAUGAAACCACAAAGCCUUGGGUGUGGUGGGACUAUGUCACUGAUUUUCAAAUUAGAUGCCCAAUGAGUGAGAAAAAGUACAAUAAGGAAUGUGCAGAUGCCGUCAUUAAAUCACUGGGUCUUGAUAUUGAAAAGAUUGAAAAGUGCAUGGGAGAUCCAAAUGCCGAUACUGAAAAUCCUGUUUUGAAAGAAGAGCAAGAUGCCCAAAUUGGGAAGGGAUCGCGAGGUGAUGUUACGAUAUUGCCCACUCUUGUUGUCAAUAAUCGACAAUAUCGAGGAAAAUUGGAGAAAGGUGCUGUUCUAAAGGCUAUUUGUUCUGGGUUUGAGGAAACUACUGAACCAGCUGUUUGUUUGAGCAGGGAUGUGGAGACAAAUGAGUGCUUGACGAACAAUGGUGGUUGUUGGCAGGAUAAAGCAGCUAACAUCACUGCAUGCAAGGAUACAUUCCGAGGGCGAGUAUGUGAAUGCCCACUUGUUGAUGGUGUGCAGUUCAAAGGAGAUGGCUAUACAACUUGUGAAGCCAGUGGGCCUGGGCGUUGCAAUAUAAACAAUGGAGGCUGUUGGCAUGAUGCAAGGAAUGGACAUGCAUUUUCUGCUUGUUCAGAUGAUGGAGGUGUUAAAUGCCGGUGUCCUACAGGGUUUAGAGGUGAUGGUGUCAAAAACUGUGAAGACAUUGAUGAAUGCAAAGAGAAGAAAGCUUGCCAGUGCCCCCAAUGUAGCUGCAAGGAUACUUGGGGAGGCUAUGAGUGCAGUUGUAGUGGAAAUCUUCUGUAUAUUAAGGACCACGAUACCUGCAUAAGUGAGUUGAAUACGCUAGACUUAUCUACUUGGGCUGCUUUUUGGGUCAUUUUAAUUGGCUUAGUUAUGUCUGCUGGUGGGGCAUUCCUUGUGUACAAAUAUAGAAUAAGGCAAUACAUGGAUUCCGAAAUCAGAGCAAUCAUGGCACAAUAUAUGCCCUUGGACAGCCAAGCAGAAGUUCCAAAUCAUGUCGAUGAUCAAAGAGCAUGAAAGGUAAAACAAGUCAGUCUCUUGUGAUAUCAUGGCGUGCAGCGUGGGUGUGGCUCUUCCCGUGCCCCCUCUGAGCCAUUUAUAAUUCUGAGAAAUGAAUUUAAUAGACUGUAUCGUAUGGACAAUAAAAGAUUGACAAUUAGAAUGUUGUCCUACCUCCUGCGUGCGUUUUUUGGUUGGGAAUGUAUCAUUUUGGAUACUUGUAAAGGAAGACUGAGGUAUUUCACUAGGUUUUAGGAUUUCUGUUUGCCAAACGUCUUGUUCCACGCACUAGAUUGUAACUUAUCGUGCUGUAGUACAGGCCAGUUAACAUCCUAAUGUUAUCCUAUUGCUCUGUAAAUUGUUCUUCCCUUUUUUACCACUUUAUUUGU